ACUACUUGCAACAAUUGGUAUGUCGGCUCAGAUUUCAAAGAAAUUUUUAUAAUUCAACCACUUCACCACGAAUUUCAUUUAUGACAGUUGUAAGAUGACAAGGAAAGGAAAUGAGGAAAUAGUAAAAUGGCUCGAUUAAAAGUUACGAGUAGAGAAGGUGCUUUGAAAAAAAUCCAUGGAGUUCGAAAUCCAAACAUUGAUAUAUGGUCAGAUAUAAAAACUUUCUUUCCGGUUUUGGACAUCCAGUAUUCCAGUUUUUUUGCUGGUAUUUUCUCUGUGAUCAUAACAGUUUUGAUUUUCUCCAAUAUCAAAAAAGAUGAACAAACAGUCCAAAAAACGUCAUGGCAGUCGGCCAAUCUAUCACAGAGACCCUUUACUUAUGACUUUAUUGAAGCCCAGAAACAACGAAAAGCCAACAUGGAGAUGUAUGAUUAUCAGUAUAAUGAAUUUGGUAUCGAUAAACGCUCUGACAUGUCUUUAGAGGAAUUCUGGGAUGUCUAUGAUGGAAAAUGGCCUGUAGUGAUAACUGAUGUAAUAUCUGACUGGCCAGCUAGACAAUGGACUAGCGACUAUUUCAUCCAGAAUUAUGGAGAAGCAAGGGUUGUAAUGAAAGCUGUACAUGGUUCAUUAGAUGAUGCUAAAGGACUGGCUUUACCAUUAAAUUUAUUUAUAAAGCAUUUAAACCACAGUACAACUCAUACCUGGACAUAUUUAGAAGAUGAGCUAUUUAUACCACGUAGACCUCAUCUAUCUCAACAAGUGCCUAGAAACCUUUAUACAGAAGAAGAUUUUUUCAGAAUGUUUCCAAAAGAAAUACGUCCUUGGGAUUGUAUGUUUUUGUGGGGUACAGCUCAUUCUCGCUCCUUUUUACAUAUUGAUCCCUAUAAUUGGACUGGAACUAAUGCUGUUUUAAAGGGCCAUAAAAAAUGGAAGUUAUUCCCUCCAGGACAAGACCAUCUUUUAUCAAUAAGAUAUCAUAGAACUUGUGGUUUUCCUUUAGACUGUUUUAAAUACAAUAGUGAAAUAGAUACAUUUACUGAUACAGAAAAAUAUUCCCAAUAUAAACAAGCAACAUAUAUAGAGUUAGACCAGUAUCCUGGAGAUUUCCUGAUUAUACCACCUGGCUGGUUUCAUCAGGCAUAUAAUGUGGAAGAAACCAUGGCUAUUUCAGGACAGUACAUGAAUCGCAAUAAUUAUUUAAUUAUAUUGGAGGAAAUAAUUAAAAUUGGUAAUAUUAAACGUGAAAAAUUACCAUCUUAUUUUCAUUCAUUACUCCCUCCAGAUCAGGUUACAUAUCUAAUGUCUCUCAUACCUAAAAGAAUUUUAGAGAAGGGUAAGAAAAUCACUCAACAAACAAUAGAACAGAUAGAAAAUAUUGAUUUCAAGAAAACUAAAGAAGAAGAAAGUCGGAAAGAAAAAAAUAAAAAGAAUUCAAAGACUUAACCAGAAUAAAACUGCAUUGCUGUAAAGCCAUAUGAGGUGUGUCAAAAAAGUUCCAGGACUGAUGUCACAACAGAUUUAUUUCAAACUAGGAGUUUCCCCUUUGAAGAGAUCCCCCUUGAGUCCAACACAUCAUUGUGAGCAGGAACAAUGUCACGGUGUUGCAGCCUCGAUUUAGUCUCUCACAAAUCUUGCCUCAGCCUUUCUAUGAGAAAACUUAUAACUUUUCUCAUACACCAUAUAUUUCAUAAUAUUCAUUUCAAUUUCAUGUCUGUAUCUCUGUUAUAAUCUGCAGUUCCUUUGAAUCUAUAAUUAGCCUUAUGGGCAUUGUGCUUUGCGGGGUUGAUGUGAGUCUUAAAUAUAAGAAAUACUAGAAAUGUAUGAAAUUGCAUAAUUCCUUCAAAAUAUCUCAAACUAUUUAUAACCUUCAAACGUGGAUAAUUCUGGACAUACAUGGAUAUGAAGACUCAAAUUCAACAGUCAGCUCUCUGUGAACACUAUUACUGAUUGACUAAGCUAAAGAAUAAUGUAUGGUCCAUCUGUCC